AUGAUCAAUCCUACGUCGAGUUAUGACCCUUCAAAGUCAAACAUGCUUUUUCACGUAAAUUUUUUAAAAAAUUUAAUUUUGCCAGAAUGAGAUUCCGUACAAGACGCUUGAAUAACAAAGGCGUCUUUGUCAUACGCGUAUUUUACCAAAAAUAUCAAAUUUUACUUUUGAAAUAAACCUAUAAUGGAACUUCAAUGGUCAAAAGAGUUAAUUUUAGGCUAAAACUGGACCUCCGUACAACAAACCCUCUUUAUAACAAACAAAAUUUUUAAAGGUUUUCCGAUUCGUUGUGCAGAAGUUUUGCGGUAAAAAAUUUCGAAACUUUAUGUAACCAUCCUUCAAUUUUCAGCCGAGAAGACGAGCCGACAUCCGCUUGGGUCCGCACAAAAUGUCGGUGAUCCGGCGUGGCAGCUACGCGUCGACCUACGCCAAAGACGAGGAAGCGUUGAUGAAGAAACAAAGUCAUGCUGCUCAAGUUGCAUUGGCCUCCGAAAUUGCCUAA